UAUUCAUUCAGUUCAGGAGUAAAGCCAUCCAGCAUAGAGAGAGGGAGAGAAGGAGCAAGCAAGCUGGAGAAAGGAACAUCCUUGCUGAGGACAUAGCAGCAAUGUGAAGAACACUCCCAGGGAAGCCCCGCAAACCCUUGCAAGAUCUGAAGUGACUCUCUUCUUCAUCUCUCAUCUCUCCAGCCGACUGGGCAUAUAUUGGCUGCACAAUGCAGCCUGCAGGCAAGCUGUGUCGCUUAGAGCGAGCCGGGAAUGGACAAAGUUGGAUCUAUUAACAUCAGGAAACGGGGACGGAGGCUUUGGAGAAAGAAAAACAGUUACCUGGCAGAGAGCACUCAGGCUGCCUCCCCCUUUGGUUUUGUUUUAAAAGAACUAGUCAUUAAAGGAGCCCUCUUUUCUCCUUGGCCACCAUGACGGCUCGUGGCUUUUGGGACCUGUGGGCUCUGAUGGGCUGCGGGGUCUUUCUACUGGCCCACGGGCAACAGCCACAGGGCAGCAACGAGCGGUGGAGGCAGAUGAUCCAGUGGGAGAACAACGGCAGGCUGUACAGCCUCUUGAAUACUGGGUCGGAGUACCUGCCCGCUGGCCAGGAGAGAGCAGACAGCACCACCAGGGUCCUGCUUGCUGAUACACCCCGGACCCAGGGCAGAAGGGCGCAAGGGAACGUCCGGAGGCAAGCGCCCACCUUGCCAGUCAGAGCAGGCUCUGACACUGUCCGAGGCCAAACGCGGCACCCGUUUGGCUUCGGCCAAGUCCCAGACAACUGGAGGGAAGGAGCUGUUGGAGACGGUGGCAACUCCCAACGGGUUAGGCCGUCCCCGACUCGGCAACGACAGACCAGCUCUGCCUCGUCCUCCUCUUCCUCAUUUGCCUACUCCUCCUUUGGGCAGCCUUCCUACUCCCAGUUCCCCUAUGCCCAGCCCCCCUUUGUGAACCAGUAUGAGACCUAUGACCCCCAGGUGCCCCGACUCUAUGAUGAGGGGUACAUGUACUACCGCAGCACAGGGACUGGAGGGGGUGCUGUUGCAUCGGCAGCGGCGGGUGCCAGCGUUAUAUACCCCUUCCAGCCCAGAGUAAGGUACGAGGAGUACGGGGAGGACCAGAAUCCCUACAGAGCCCAGGGGUACUACCCUGCUCAGGAGAGACCCUACGUCCAAGUGCCCCACCAGCCCCAACCCCAACCUCAACCCCAGCCCCAACCCCAACCCCAACCCCAGCCCUCCGAUGGACUGGAUCGGAGGUACUCCCACAGCUUGUACCAUGACACCGGCACCACCUUUGAACAAGGCUUCCAGGACUCUUAUUCAGCUGCACAGAACCGACAGCCAACAGGACAGGGAAUCUCUGCUACGGACAACUUACAGGUCAACCCAGGGUCCCCUGUGGGGGCUGGCCCUGGGUAUGGGUCUGACCCACGAUUUGGGCUCUACCCACCUUACGGAAAUGUCCCGGCAGAGCCGUACGUCCCGCCUCGCAAUGUGGAACCCCAGCCGCCUUUCCGGCCCUUGGAUCCCUACGGGGUACCGAGGCCUGAACCCUACCUGCCCGUGAGGAACCCAGAGGCACCACAAGUGAUACCAGACAACUCAGGUGCUAGCCAGGCCCGAGUCAGCGUGGGCAGCGUUUACCGACCCAGCCAGAACGGACGAGGCCUCCCUGACUUAGUGCCUGAUCCAAACUAUGUCCAAGCUUCCACCUACGUCCAGAGAGCUCACCUCUACUCUCUGCGCUGUGCUGCUGAAGAGAAGUGCCUUGCCAGCACUGCCUACACUGCUGAGGCCACCGACUACGACAUCCGGGUUCUGCUGAGGUUCCCUCAACGGGUGAAGAACCAGGGCACGGCAGAUUUCCUGCCCAACCGGCCACGCCACACCUGGGAAUGGCACAGCUGUCAUCAGCACUACCACAGCAUGGAUGAGUUCAGCCAUUACGAUCUGCUUGAUGCCUCCACAGGGAGGAAGGUGGCAGAAGGCCACAAAGCCAGCUUCUGCCUGGAGGACACCACCUGCGACUUUGGGAACCUGAAGCGCUAUGCCUGCACAUCACACACCCAGGGCUUGAGUCCCGGCUGUUAUGACACCUAUAACGCUGACAUUGACUGCCAGUGGAUUGACAUAACAGACGUACAACCUGGCAAUUACAUCUUAAAGGUUCAGGUGAACCCAAAAUACAUAGUACUGGAGUCAGACUUCACCAACAAUGUGGUGAGGUGCAACAUUCAUUAUACUGGACGUUACGUGGCUACUACAAACUGCAAAAUUGCCCAGUCUUGAUCCAAACAGGGCUAGAAGGGUAACACAUGACGCUGACUUCUCCACCCAAAUUCAGCCCUUAAGAUGGCACUUGGAAUGACCUGUUCUGGGACAUGAGACACUGGGCACAUCAGAUGUUUCUCUAAUCCAUCA